AUGAAUCCAAAUUUGCGUCAGAGAGUUGGAGAAGAUGGUGAGGAUACGAGUCGUAGGGUGCGUCAGAGAGUGGAGGAAGAUGUAGCACGAAAGGAUCAAAAGCCUGUGGACUGGGCUAGUAUGAUCUACGACCCGAUGCUCCAUAUCUUUAUGCUAUUAGACUACCCCGACCGAGCUAGCUUAGCAUCGACAUGUAAAGCAUGGAAAAGCAUUGGCGCUUCUCCUUACCUGUGGAGUUCUUUGGAUCUUCGGGCUUACAGUUUUAAUCUCUCACUGGCGGCUUGUCUUGCGAAUAGGUGUGCUGAUCUUCAGAAGGUUAGGUUCCGUGGUCUUCACUCUUCCUCUGCCUUAGUUAAUCUCAAAGCAAAGAAUCUGAGGGAGAUAAGCGGUGAAAGUUGUGGGAAUGUAACAGAUGCCAAACUGUCUAUGAUCGUUGCACGCCACAAAGCUCUUGAGAGCCUCCAUCUUGGACCAGGAUUUGGCGAGAAGAUCACUAGUGAGGCUAUAAAGCGUAUAGCCAUUUUCUGUCCCAAACUUAAAUCGCUUCGUCUCUCUGGAAUGAGAGAUGUUAGCUCCGAGGCGAUUACAUCUUUGGCCCAGCAUUGUCCACAGCUCAGUGAUGUUGGAUUCCUAGAUUGUCUGAGCAUCAACGAAGAAGCGCUUGGACAAGUGGUUUCUCUUCGAUACCUUGCUGUCACUGGGACAUCAAGCAUUAACUGGAGAGUUGCAACUGAGAGUUGGGAGAAGCUUCCGAACUUAAUCGGUUUGGAUGUCUCGAGAACCAGCAUUGACCAUGUGGCGGUUUCAAGGCUGUUGACAUCAUCUCAAAGCUUGAAAGUUGUGUGUGCUUUAAACUGCCAUAUGCUCGAAAAUGUUGCAGAUUUUGACCCUGAUGAAUUCGAAGGAAAGAUCUUGAUUGCUAAGUUUAACAAUACUUUAAACGCUUCUAUAUUAUUUGAAGAUAACUCAAAGAUGCUAAAUGAAGAAACAAUGCGUUGGCUUGAGUGGAACCUUUCUCGUACGCUUCUAUAUUUGGCAGAAUAUAACUUGCUAGGACUGAACAGUUUCUGGCAUAACCAUGGACCGAAGUUGUUUCUCAGGCUAAUGCAAAGCUCACAAGAGGAUGUUCAAGAGAGAGCAGCCACAGGACUUGCUGCUUUCAUCCAUAUGGGUGAUGACAAUGCUAGUAUAUCAGUUAUGCGUGAUGGAGGCAUCCCAAUUCUGUUAAAAUUUGCUAAAUCUUGGAAAGAAAGUUUCCAGUCAGAAGCUGCAAGGGCUAUUGCAAACCUGUCUUUAAAUGAUAAUGCUGCAAAGGCUGUUGCUGAAGAAGGAGGGGUCGAUGUUAUUCUUGGUUUAGCAAAGUCUAGGAGUAGACUUGUGGCUCACGAAGCUGCUGGUGCACUGUGGCAUCUCUCUCUUGGAGACGCAUAUAAGGCCAUUGUACAAGCUGGAGGAGUGAUUGUGUUGAUGGAGCUUCUCUCUAGAUGGCCAUAUGACCGUGGUGAACUUCUGGAGCGUGCUGCUGGUGCACUAGCUAAUUUAGCAGGAGACGACAAGUGCAGCAGGGAAAUUGCAAAAGCAGGAGGUGUGCAUGCCUUGGUAAUGCUAGCUCGAAACUGCGAGUAUAAAGGAGCACAAGAACAUGCGGCUCGUGGUUUGGCUAAUCUGGCUGCUCAUGAUGAUAGCAACAAUAACAAUGCUGCUAUUGGAAAAGAGCCUCAUGCUUUGGAAACUAUUAUUCAGCUGACGAGAUCCCAUCAUGGUGGUGUUAAACUAGAAGCAGCUGGUGCUCUUUGGAACUUGGCAUACGAUGAAAAGAAUAGAGAAUUGAUCGCUGCAUUGGGUGGUGUUCAAGCCUCGGUGGCACUUGCCUACUCCUGUAUGAAUGCAUCAAGAGAUCUACAAAAGAGUGCAGCUGGUGCUCUUUGGAGUCUAUCACACUCAAAUGGAAACAGCAUUGUAAUUGGACUUGAAGGUGGUAUACCUCCUCUAGUUUCUCUUGCACGAUCUCAAUAUAAGGAUGUGCAUGAAGCUGCUGCAGGAGCACUAUGGAAUCUUUCUUCCAAUCAUGAUAAUGCUCUCGGCAUUGUGGAGGAAGGAGGAGUUUUAGCACUUGGUCGCCUCUGUACUACUUCUCCUUCCAAAAUGGCUCGUUUCCUUGCAGCAUUAACAUUAGCAUACAUCGUUGAUGGAAGGUUGGAUGAAUGUGUAAAGGCUUCUCCAGGGGAAAGGUCAUCAAAAAGUGUUAGGUUGCCUAAAGUUAUAAUAAGCGGGCUUAAAUACAUUGAAAGAUUCAUUAACGGUUUCAUGGAUCCAAAAAUCAUAAAAACUGCUGCUUCAUCAUUUACUCCAUCUAAGUCAGCACAAGUAUUGAAGGAAGUAAUUUGUAUCCCAGAAGAUGACAAUUUGAGAUGUAGUGGUGAAGAGAUUGGAAGGUUUGUUAAAAUGCUGUGUAACCCUUCUUCUCCUGUACUCCAAAAAAUUGCAGUCUUUGCGCUUCUCCAGUUCACACUACCAGGAGCUAGUCAUGCCAAGCAUCAUGCAAGCUUGAUGCAUAACGCUAAAUAUCCGAGACUUUUGCGUAUUGCUGCAGCAGCUACGAGUAUGCCUCGUGAGGCUAAGAUCUUUGCGAAAGUCGUGCUUCGCAACCUUGAGUAUCACCAGCCAGAAUGUUCAAAAGGAAAGAAAGUUAUCAACUUUCAAAUAAGACUGGGGCGCCAAUUUCAUUAG